AUGAGAACACACAACGCAUUAUUAAUAAGCUGAUAACUAUUUCAGUUGCAUAUUGUUUCGAAAAAAAGUACCUAUAUAAGGUGUUAUCUCUAGAUUGCAAAGAUUAAAUUCACAUCAUUGCAAGAUUCUAUCAUUGUAGGUACUACCUACUCAUUGAAAGUGGAUGAAAUUACUUGUGAUAUGGGGUCAUCAACAAGCAGUAUUCUGACUGACGAAAUCUUGGAGGAAUAUUCAAUGCUAACAUAUUUGAGCAAACCUGAGAUAUUAAAGUUAUACAAAACUUUUUCUACUCUCGAUGAAAAUGGUUUACUACAAAACCUUCAGUUCCGAUUCCCUUGUGCUAUUAUAGAACAGUUAUUUCCUCCCGUACAGUUCAAUCCUUUCAAAGACAGAAUCUUCAAAGUAUUCUCAUCACUGAAAGAUGACAAAUUUUCCUUUGAAGAUAUGCUUGAUUUCUGUUCAGUGAUGUCUGAAAAUUGCCCGGAUACAGUGAAAGCAGCCUGGGCUUUCAAUAUCUUUGAUUUUGAUGAAGAUGAUGAGAUUGGGGAAAAUGAUAUGGUGGAACUUAUAAAUCGAUUGGCUAUUGGAGUUGGAUUCAUAAAAUUAGAAGAUUGCCAACAAAUUAUCAAAGUUCUAUUGAAGGGAAUAAACUUCACUACAAGUGGAACCAUUGGACCUCUGGAAUUUGAAAAUGCAAUACAAAAAAUGCCUGAGUUUUCUCAUUCAUUUUGUUUCCGUUUGUGAAUUGAAACAAAACAAAUCUCAAGAAAAUAUUGGAUAAUAUCAAGAUCAGUCAG